AUGUUCGCCCGAAAGGGCAAGUCUUCGGACAUUCAGGCCAGCAUCCAACGCUUCACCGACCUCAAUAGGUUUCGAUCAAAACACACUGAAAUGGAACUCAAAUCAUCGAUUAAGGGAUUGUGUCAGUCGGGUUAAGCAUCUCAAAAUUUUGCUGGACACCUUGACUUUGAACGUAUGUUUCCGUAUCUUUUCCGUUUAAGGGUUCAGGAUUUCAGGAAAAACGACAAUUGUUGGGUGAACACAGCUUCGAGACGUUCCACUUAGUUGAUGAGCUUCUCCUCGCGACGGACAUCGAUAAGAACCCGCAGGUUUUCGAUUUGUUCAAGUAUGAAAAAUGGGCAGUGUGAAAAAAAAGACCAGCGAAAAUUCAAACGGCGACUUUUCCGAUUUUUUCAUAUCGCUAGGAAACUUUCCGAGGGCCACCUUUCCGAUGAAUCUCUUUCCUACUUUUUUCCCUUAUGUUUUUCGGUUUAUAAACCAUCUAUUAACAUUUUCAUUCCUAAUUUUUUUGUGUUUUUAAUCAUGAACCAAUCAACUACUUUAUAUAGGAAGAUUAAAAAAAGACGAUUUUAUCGAGAAAAAAAGCCGGAAAAAAAGAUUCGUUGGUAAGGUUGCCAUCGGAAAGCCCUAGCGAUAUGAAAAAAUCGGAAAAAUCGCCGUUUGAAUUUUCGCUGGUCUUUUUUUCAUACCACCGAGAAAUGGAUGGUUCAUUCAACAUAGGCAAAGUCGGAAAGGGUGAAAAUUUUCUUUUUUGCUGCCAUUUUAUCGGCUCUUACGCACCAUUUUCGCUGCCUCUCGUUCCCCACCAUUUUUUGGAUCUUCAAAAUUUAAUAAAAAAUGAAAGGCUCGAUAAAGGGGCCCUUUUUGCUGCCUUUUUGCGGCCUUUUUUGAGCCUCUCUCUCUCUUUCAGCGGUCCUUCCGAUUUUGCCCGAGAAGAAGAAAAGGGAUAUUAAAAAAAUAUUAUUUAUCGGUCGGUUUGCACUCAAAAAAAGGGUCAGAGUCCUUGAAGUUCCCCAAUUUAAUAGGGUUAUAGUGAAAAAUUAAACUUUCCAUUGUUUGUGAUUAUUUCCAGCUGGAAGGAGCCAUCGAAGCGGAAAGUGGCCUCUGGACUUUGGAACAAGUGCUCUGUCUGGCGCCGGAACUUGUCGGCAGCGGUACGGAUUUCCUUUUUUUCUUUUUUCAUCCGAUUCUUUUAAAGGUUGGCAAAGGCACGCGAUCGAGUCUCUUCUCAAGAAAGCAAUAUUUCCGAAAAAUCUGCUCGCUGUCAGAAAAAUCGCCAUACGACUGUUCUUAAUCUUCUAUCAAUGUUUAGGAGUUCACGGAAAGGUUUUUUCAAUUCAAAUCUUCUCAAAAUGUUGGUGUUCAGGCGACUGCCGAUUUGGACCGAGUUUUCCAGUGUUUGUUGCCUUUCUUCCCUUUGAAAGGUAACGAAAACACAGAAGACGUCCUGACGGAAUACUGCCAGUCAGCAGGUAAUUCUAUUUGCCAAAUAUUGAAUUUCGAGGGACUUUGACUUUUUAGGAAGCUUGGAGUGGAACGAAAAGGUCAACUCCGGAAAGAUCACGAGCUCGAGCAGCUCCACACUCUCAGCUAAGGAACGAGCUCAGAUGCUUCAAGUAAGGGAGUUUAAAGAAUAUUAACUUUGUUUCUUUGCUCACAGGUUUACUUGGACAAAUUUCUCGAGUACUGUACCCGAGAAACGGUAAGAAUCGAAUGGAGUGACGAGGGAAGACGACUCGAGUGCGCCAAGUUCAUUAUUGACAAGUAAGGCAUUCAAUUCUUUUUUCAUAGCUUCAUCAAUUGAUAUAGUCUAUUCAUGAUUUUAUAUUGUUCGUUUAAGUUAGAAUACAAAAAUCACAGUAUUCCCAAACUGUCGGCAGCCGUGGUCAGUAGGCGUGGCGGACUGCAAGAGCGGCACGGUUUAUUGCAAUAGGGGCGCAGGGAUGAUAGUCGAAUUAUGUGGAUUUAGUGGAUGUGAAAGGAGCAUUAAAUGAUGUUUUUUCUAAAAAUCUCAAAGAACUUCUUUUAAGAAUCCCCAUUUCGACAUUUUAAAACAGAAAAAAAACUUGUGAAAAUCUAGAUAUUAUCAAAAAUGUCAUUUUAUUGGAGUUUUUUGUGACAAAAACAUUCGAAAAUUACUUCAAAAAGCGCAUUAAAUAUGUUUCUAGAACAUACAGGAAGGUAAAGCUACGAAUUACCGAAAAAUAUGCACAAAAAAAGAAAAAAAAAAUGUGUCAAAGUGAAUGUAAUUUUGUGAUUUCGUGUUUUUGCCACUCUUUGACGACAAUAUUUUUUGCCCACCCGUUUUGGAACAGUGUGACAAAAAGUCCACGAAUUCCUGAAGAAAUGUUAAGAUCUUCUUUACAGAGUUAUAAAGCACUACAUGGGCGAGUGCUUCGAAGAGUUGGAGACGAAUGGCGUCGACGUGUUCGGAGGCUGGGAAGGAGCCGAAGAGGUCGGCGAGCCCCUGGACACGGCCGACCCGGUGGUCAUCGCUCGGUACUGGCUCAUCAGAUGGAUCAACAACCUGGCGUCGGCCUCCCAACACGGCGCCUCGCAGCAAACCGCCCACUCGGCCCUUCUUCUCUACCAUCAGGCCCUUUUCUUUUCCCACAAGGCAACCAAUCGCCGAAUUUCUUCUUUAUUCCCUUUUCUCAGGCCACAAACGUCGCCCUCACUUUGAUGAGAGAAGCCAUGACCCUGCCUUUGGCCUGCAGCAAUGUCACUCACAAGGUGCUUUAAGAGUUCUUUCAAAAAAUCUAUCAUUUAUUUUUUUUCCUUCAUUGUCAAGACAAAGCAAAUCUACAACAUAUCUGAUUUAGAGAAAAUUUCACUCUAACGCUCAUUUUUUUUUUCCAACUCAUCCUAAACCCAAAUGGCGCAGAACAAGUCUGCGCCUAAUAACUAGGGAUAGUUUUUUGCAUUCCGGCAGAAAAACCAGAGUGGUCCCUAUAAGGGCACACUUAAAAAGCCCUUGGAAGGUACCCUCUAGGAACCAUUUUACCAACCUCUAUAGGGUUCACUAAAGCUUGCAAAGGUGGUCCCUAUAAGGGUUUAGUUAUUGGCCCCUAUAGAAGACAUGCUGGUUAAUCUUUAUGAAAUCUUUAUUUUGAUUAAAAUUGGACGACCCCUUUAGGGACCACUUAAGCUUCAGAAGACUCUAAAGCCCUAGAGACCUUGAUUUUACCUCUAUAGGAGUUUCUAUAGUGGCUGUUUUUCCUCCUAACCCCUAUAGGGUUCACUCUAAAAUUCCGAAGUAUAACUUUGAAAAGUAUCAUUUCUUUGAAAAAGUUUUUGAGAAAUGUCAUACAUUUGUGUCAUUUCCUUCCUUACUUGUUUGUUUAAAUGUAUGUUUUUUUCAGAAUUGACCAAAUAAUUUAUUGAAUGUUUCAGGUAGUUUCUGUUAUUUCAACGUGGCUCCUUCAGUAUGAAAUACCGCCUUUUGUUGCCACUGGAGAGGUUUUUGUUUCACCUUCUCCAAAACAAAAAACGAAACUUUCAGGUUUCAAUAGAAAGAUCUUCGCUUCUUCUUGCGAACAUUUUGCUCGGCUUCUUCCAUUCUGCCUACCUUUCCCAGUGCGGCGAUCGUCAGAACUCGGCCGUCUCCAUUUCUUUCGCCAUUCUCUCGACCUUCAAGCAGCUUGUCGCGGUUCGAAUGCAACUUCCGAAGCCGCUCUCCUCUCGUUUUUGGUAUGGAGGUUGUAGAUGGAGCUCCAACGCCAGAUUUUCUCAGGACAGAGCUCAGUUCUGGCAUUUGUCGUUGUGCGACGAAGAUUUGCUCCCAAUCGGACCCGUACUCGCAAAGUGUGGCCGCGGCCUUCACGUCGACUCUCCUCUCCAACACGGUCAUCGUCAAGGUGGGUUGUGUGGAGACACUUCCGUGAGGCCGAUGAGACUCCAGGCCGUCAGACGGAUCGACAUGGACGACUCCGUCUGGGACGACGUCCACAAUGUCCUCCAACGUGGCGUCUGGAUCUCGAUGGCCGAACAGUGGGCGGCGGUCAGUUUUAUCCGAAAUCCAAAUCUAUGUCUUCGCCCAUGUUUCCCCCAGGCAUCCCACUCCGAGACCAUAAGCAUGAAAAAUUGGCGGCGUAAAUUCAUUUUAAAUCAAGUACUCAGACGAUUCCUCGAAAGGUGUUGGGAAGGUAACCAGCAGGUGGUAGGGAGGUGAAUGCAAGCUAGAAUGUCUUGAGAAUACCUUGGUAAGGUGUUGGAAGGUCUAUAGAAGGUAAAAAGGUAAAAAAAAAAAAGUCUGCCAGAAGCCUUCCAGCAGGCUACUGGAAGGUGAAUAGAAGUGUGGGGAAAGUAUGUGGAAGACGCUCGACCACUUGCUGGAAGUCCCCUUCCGAGGAACGGAAAGUAGAAGUUUUUCAACUUUAACCUAAGUAUAUAGCCCGUUUUUUGCGACUUGAAAGCUCUCUCUCUCGUCUCUCUCAUUUUUACGUGCUAUUUGAAUUUUUCUCUGCCCUUGCCGGUGAGGAAACAAAGACAACUUUCAAGUCGCUGCGGACGGACUAUAUCCGAUUUUACCCUACUGAAAAUAUCAGAAAAGUUUCAGAUAGUUCUCAGCGUAACGCGUGCGUUAAUCCUGCACCUCGCUCAUGUGGACAUAUUUUCGAGAGAAGAAGUACAUCGAAGAGCGGUUUGUUUCUUCUUUUCCAAGAUUUUUUUUGUUAUAGCUUUAUUCAACUCUCUUUUUCAAACGUUCUCUUCUUGAUGAUUUUUUUAUGUGCAGACGGACAACGCAGUGUCACGACGCCAGGCGGAGACGGCGAGUGUAGAAGACUCGAGGAAGUUCGAACAGAAUGGCGACGUCGCCGAAGACAACGUCUUCCACGACACGGACGACAUCACGAACGCCGUUUCUGUGCGUUUUCGACUCUCCGGCCCCUGAAUCGACGAUAAUAUUUCCAGUCGUGGUCUGGAGACAAAACCACUUGGCUCCUCACUUGGAAACGACUCAUCAGUCUGGUGAAUCCCUACACGACGGCGAAUGGUCCCAUCGCAAUCCAGGCCAUCACCCAGACCAUUCAGCAUCUUCUCUCGGUUUGAACCUCCUGGAAAAGUCUUCAGAAAGCGCUUGGUUGAGGUUUCGCUGUACUCCUUGGCACACUGGCUGGCUUCUCGGCUCGUCGUCGUCCCUCUGCAAUUUCUGCCUCAAUGUGUGCCCGCCCUGUCCCUCGUCUUGUCUGUAAGCGUCAAACCGCCGCCUCUGCUCGCCGCCAACAUCAUCCAGUGCUUCAUUCUCCUUCUCCGUAACCGCGAAACUCAGGUCGGUCCCCGAUUUUAUGAAAACCAGGAGGAUUUCUGCAGGUGCUCUCUGCGAUCUGUAGCCUGACGGCCUGCGAGCUCUCCAUCAUCGCCCCUUACGCCUUGGAGAACUGCUCCGAACUCCUUCCAACUCUUCAGAACGACAGUCUCAAAACUGUCCAGAUUCUGCGGCUUUUCGCCAUGUUCGCUCCGUCUUUUCCAGCCGCCGAAGAAGUCCUCUUGAACCAGGUUUUUAUAAACCCCCGUGAAAAAAUUCAAGAAAUGAAAAACGAGACUUUAUUUCAAAAUACCUCUAGAAAGGAAAGACCACAUUUCUGAUUGGUGCCCAAAAGGCGAAAUUCGAAAAUCCUCCUACUAUGAUUUUUUUUUUUUUGAAUUUCGGUGCAUGGGCAAAAUCGGAAAAGGUGGAAAAAGACUUUGUCCCUUUUAGGGUGACAAUGAUUCCUUUUUUGCUGCCCUUUUUCCACCAUUUCAUCGGCCCUUGUGCACCAUUUUUUUUCUGCAUCUCCCUGUUUCCACCAUUUCUUGAACCUUGAGAGCUUCUGAAAAAAUAAAGGUACUCUUUUAUGCCUUUCUGCGCCCUUUUUUGUCCCUUUUAGCGCCCAUUAUUCACCAUUCUGACUUUGCCCGAGUGGUAACACUUAAAAAAUUAUUUCAACUCCAUAAAAAGGCUGAUUUGAGAAUUUCUGAAUAGAUAUUUCUCCUUAGAGUCCAAAAAAGGGUUCUGAAAGCUUCAUGCUGCGAAACUUCCUAGUUUUUGAAGAGCGAGGGCGGCUCUAAUUCAGGGAAAUCCUUCAUAAUCGGUCAAAAAUGCCAUUUUCGAGGUCUUCAUGUCCUUGUUUCUCGAAAAAUAGGUAGUUGUACACGUUGAUACUUUCAAGAGUUGGUACUUCAAGGGAUACAAGGGUCAGAAAAUCCCCAAGGUAAAAUGACCUUUCUUGUGAGAACAGCAAUGCUGACCAGAAUGGAAAUUACACUCGACAACAUUUUUAGCUUGCGACGACCGAAGUUUCGUUGUCAGACUCCUUGAUGAUUGUCAAAGCACUGAUAAUAAUCAUCCUUCAACGCGCACAGAUCGAUCUUCUCAUAUCGGUUGUUCGAAAAAUACCGUAUUUGAUUUUUAUUUCCUCUCUCUUUCCAGCUCAUGAAAAUCGUAGAAUCUCAUCGGUUCGCAGUUAGAAUCCUUCCUCUUUUCUCCUCUUGUCUUCCGUCACUUGCUCGCUUCGGCUUCUCCAACCCCGUACUUCAAGGUAUCCAAGAAAUGAAGCUUUUUCUGAGACUCUUCCAGUGCUUCUUCGCUCUGCCAGCAUGAUAAGAGAAGAGAGGAUCCGGACGGAAGUCGAGUGGAUGAUGGGCUCUUUGUGUCUGAGCGCAGAGCAACCCGAGCUCGGCACCGUCCUUCGCGGCAUUCUCGGCGACCGUCAAAUGCUUCUCCAGGGUGAAUCGCAUUCUUAGGAUCUCCAGAGCUGUCCCUAAGGGCCAUUGGAGGGUCCCCUUCAAAGAACUCUUUACCAACCCCCAUAGGGGCCACUAAAGCUUUCGAAAGCGGUCCUUAUAGAAAUUUCAUUUAGUGCUCCCUAUAGGGGCUUUUAGUCGAUAAUUGUUAUGAACUAUAAGCGAAGAACCGUUUCUACAGGAAAAACUGGAUAAAUAAGCGUUUUUUAAGUUGAAUUGAAAGACCCCUGUGGGGUCCAUUUGAGCUUUAGGGGCUAAGGAAUCAGACCCUAAAUCCCGAUAAGGACCACCUUGAUUUUACCCCUAUAGGAUCCACUUUUUCGGCCCUAUAGGGACCACUCUGAAAUUCCUAACGAGGUUGCUAACGGAAACUUUUCAGGCGAGCUGGUGACUUUGUCGGGACAAUUUCCUCUUCCUGGAUUCAACGUUUCCAAAUGGAACUCUGUGGAACCCACGACGACAAGCACGGACCGAAACGUGUUCGUCAACCGCAAUUCAUCAAUCAUCAGGUAGUAUUUCAAAGCAAACUACGCGCAUGUCAGAAAGCUCUCAGUGUGAAUCGGGAGGCGCAGUGCGAACUGACCUGCAGAACAGUCGUCGGACGUCAUUGCUGGACCCUCGACACGCACGUCGCCCCGCGAGAGAAAAGCACCAACGUGACGACGUGGCUCCGGAAAGAAGCCAAUCGAGGUCGCAAAUCGGGUUCGUCUACACAGACGAUUUCUGAAGAAGUUUCUUUCUCAGGAAGAGAGAACUUGGGGAUCCUCGGAGCGAUGGACGAUCCUUUCGACGAGCUGCCGGAGUGCAGCUCUCCGUCGCCCUCCGAGACGUGGCAGGUCGACAGCUCCCAGUGGGCAGCCGCCAUCGAGGAGAGUCGUCGUCAGCCUCAGGCUCUCCGUUCCGUCCCUCUCGAGACGCCGACCUACUCCACGCCUUCUCGGUGAGACAGAAAAAACACUGUGAAGAAACAUACUUCUUCCCUUGGAAGUUUGCCCACCCAUUUUGCAAAAAAAGUUUAGAACCACCCCCCCGUCCUCACAUCCGAAAAAGCCCCCCUUUCAAGGCGAAUUUCAACUGGUAAAAGGGGGAUGACCUGGUUAAACUUCCCCCUCACCUCGUUCCGCAAGUCCGAAAAUGCUCCCCACCAUGGCGAAUUUCAACUGGUGGGAGGUGAAAUCAAAGACCUUUCGGUGGGGGGUCUGAAUCAAAUCAGGGGCAAUAUAUCGUUCUAGAACUUCCCUGCUCCCCCCGCACAGUGCUAAGUGGGGGACGAUUUUAGUGCGCGACCAAUGUCUAGGCCAUCUCCAAGAAUCGCAACGUCCAUUUAUAAAAAAAUUCCUAAAAAAAUAACCAGCUCCUGUUAAAUUUAUAGUAUACCAUGAAACGAAAUUAGGAUAGGCUCUGAUUUUUUCAGAAUUUUGGAAUGGAGGUCAUGCUCGGCGAGUCUUGGACUGGUUCCUUCGGUCUGCGAAGUGCCACCGAAUUUCUCUCGCGACCUGAAACACCUCGACCAGACCUGCUCCCGAGAAGUUCACAAAGUGGCUGUGAUCUACGUGGGAGAAGGACAAGAUGAGAAGACGUCGAUCCUUUCCAACACCACCGCCUCCGCUGAGUUCGACACCUUCGUAGCCGAACUCGGAUGGGAGGUUAGUCUUGUUUUUUGCAAGCAACUAGGAAAAUAAAGGAUGUUCUCAACUUGAGUCUGGGCUUCAAAAAAAUUUCUGAAAUGAAUAUGGCGUUGAUUAUUUUGUUCUAGAGUUUGGAUUUGAGGUGAGAGUGGGCCGCGGACACGAAGGCUACCCGGGAGGCCUGCCUGGCGACACUUCGGCGCCUUAUUACGCCGACGCGGACAGCGAAGUCGUCUUCCACGUGAGUACGGCCCUCUGUGGAGACGCCCAGAACAAGUGGAAGCACAUCGGCAACGACGAGGUGCACGUCGUCUGGUCCGACAACUCCAGCAAGCCCUACACUCGAGAGACCAUCGCCACGAAGUUUUGUGACGUUCUCAUCGUGCUGGAAAACGUCGGAGACAACGUAGGAUCUUUUUAUCUUGUAGUAAUAUUGAUUAAAAGCUGGUGAAAUAGAAAUUUCAAUGUAUGGAGUGGCUUAAGAGAGGAACAGCAUAAUCAUCGAGUUUUGAGAGAAUCUUGACUUUUGUUUGUAAAAGGAACUGUUGCUAUAUCUCUCAUUUCCAAAGUAAUAGUUUCGAGUCUCAAAAACGUGAGAUCGAGAUCCAUCGUCAUCAGUUUUCUUCUUUUCAAUUACUUGUCGGAGCUUGGUAUCGCAAAUCGGACGUGUCGGAGCAUUUCUAGUGACCCCUUUAGUAGCGUCAGCGCUCUUAAGUAAACCCUAGAGAUGCCGAGAAACGUCCGGAGCACGUCCGUUUCGUGUUAUGUUCAAUUUUUGCGUCAUUCUGAAUUCAAUGGACCAUGAUUUAAUCUUUUUACCCCAUCAAAUGGCUUCAGAAAAGGUAAAAAGAAUGAAGUUGCAGAUGAUGAGAGUUCGCGUCGACACAGCGAGUGCCCUUGAGUUUGGUCCCUUGUUCGACGGCGCUUUGAUAGGCCAAGCCGAACUAGCCAGCCUUGUUCGUACAACUGUCGUGAGUUUCUCGACUUAAUGAGCUGAUCUGAAAUGGCGACGUCUUCAGCUGAACGCUUCGCGUGCGUAUCGUCUGGCAAGGUCGGAUCAUGCACGGCCUCUGCGUCACCGUGAGGACGUCUUCUUCCGCGAGACGCCGUCCUUGAUGCAGCCUCUGGCGCUUUCCCACGCCAUCAAUGCGCUCUACGUUCCCAGCAUUUGA